AUGCGCGCCGUCCUCUGGACAGGCACUCCCUUCCAAAUGAACGUAACCGACGUUCCAAUUCCCAAAAUCCAGAACCAAACCGACGCCAUCAUCAAAGUCACCACAGCCGCUAUCUGCGGGACAGAUCUCCACACCUACCACGGUGUAUACGGGAGCAGGACCGUGCCGUGGAUCAUGGGACAUGAAUGUAUCGGUGUCGUUGAUGAGAUUGGAAGUGCGACUGGUUUUGUGGAUGUUGGAGAUCGGGUUAUUGUUCCUGAUGCUACUUAUGAUGGAUACAUGGAGUUUGGGGGUAGGGAAGAUGUGGGGUUUGGAUAUGGGGUUGAUUAUGGGCUUGCAGGGGGGUGUCAAGCUGAAUAUGUCCGCGUGCCGUUCGCUGAUAACAACCUCAUCCCAAUUCCUGAUACGAACGACACAAGAAACACGUUGGACAACGACUACCUUCUCGUGGGUGACAUUUUCGCCACAGCCUGGGCCGGGAUGGACUUCUCCGGUUUCGAACCCGGCGAUUCAGUAGCAGUAUUUGGCUCUGGCCCUGUUGGUCUUCUAGCUGCAUACUCUGCCAUCCUCCGCGGCGCGUCUGUAGUGUACGCGGUUGACCAUGUCCCAGAACGGUUGAGAAUGGCAGAAUCAAUCGGCGCAAUUCCCAUCAACUUCCGGGACUCCGAUCCCGUGGAGCAGAUACUGGAAUACGAACCCAAAGGCGUAACACGCAGCAUCGACUGUAUCGGCUACGAAGCCGUCAACGCAAAUCUCAGACACGAGCAGAACAUCGUCAUCAAUAACAUGAUUUCCGUAACCGCACAGGGAGGCGGUAUUGGCGAGAUAGGCUGGUUCACUGUGUCGGAGAACUCAAGCGGGACGCCUCGAGGAAGUACGAUGUCGCCGACAAUCGAGUUCCCCAUAUCAGAGUUCUUUGACAAGGGCUUGAGCAUACGUAGUGGGGCUGUGGACGUGUUGCCUUGGGCCUCGACGCUGGUUGAUUUGAUUGCAAGUGGGAGGGCAAGGCCGGGGUUAAUUGUGAGUAGUGUGAUUGGGAUUGAGGACGUGCCGGAGUAUUAUGAGCGGUUUGAUCGGCAUCUGGAGACGAAAGUUAUGAUUCAGUUUGAAAGCUGA